AUGGCCUUUGGCUGCAAUGGAGAAGCUGUCAUUGGUGAAUCCUCAGACAAUGCAACACUUUUACCUAAAGAAGAAGAAGAAGAAACCCCUCUUCUUGAAAACUGUAAAUCUUGUCUUCCCAAAACCUUUGGCAAUUUCUUCAUUGCUAUUGUUGGUGCUGGUGUUCUUGGCCUUCCUUAUACAUUUAUGAAGACUGGUUGGAUCACAGGCGUUCUCACUCUUUUCGCCGUUGUUGUCUUAACCUAUCAUGGCAUGAUGCUUCUUAUUCAUACAAGAAGAAGACUUGAUCUUACCUUAAUUGGUGAUUCCAAGAUUUCGUCAUUUGGCGAUCUUGGUUUCGUUGUUUGUGGUCCAGUAGGUAGAUUUGUUGUUGAUGUUAUGAUUGUGUUAUCUCAAUCUGGAUUUUGUAUUGGAUAUCUCAUUUUCAUUGGCAAUACAUUAUGUCAUCUAGUAAGUUUAUCAAAAGGUUUUGGGAUUCCUCUAUUUUCCUCUGCUAAGAGCUUGUAUAUAUGGGGUUGUUUGCCAUUUCAAUUGGGAUUGACUUCUAUUCCUUCAUUAACACUUUUAGCCCCUUUGAGUAUAUUUGCUGACAUUGCACAAAUUGGUGCUAUGGGUGUUGUAAUGGUUGAGGAUGUGCAGAUGUUCAUGAAUCAAUUCCCAUCGGGGAUAGAGGCUUUCGGGACAAUCUCUACGUUUUAUUAUGGUUUAGGUGUGGCUCUUUAUUCAUUUGAAGGUGUUGGAAUGGCAAUACCAUUAGAGACGGAGAUGAAAGACAAGUCAAAAUAUGGGAAAGUAUUGGCAUUAGCAAUGUUCUUUAUUGCUUUAAUGUAUGGUACAUUUGGUGUGAUGGGGUAUUUUGCAUAUGGUUCAAGUACAAAGGAUAUUGUCUUGUCUAAUAUGGAGAAAGGAGUGUUGAGCACAAGUGUAAAAUUGGGGCUUUGUAUUAAUUUGUUCUUUACAUUUCCCUUGAUGUUGAAUCCAGCAUUUGAGGUGUUUGAGAGGAGAUUUUCUAAUGGAAAUUAUUGUAUGUGGAUGAGAUGGAUACUUGUUUUGGGAGUGACUAUGGUGGCUUUGUUGGUUCCAAAUUUUGCUGAUUUUAUGUCAUUGGUUGGUAGUAGUACUUGUUGUGCUUUGGGGUUUAUAUUGCCAGCAUUAUUUCAUUAUCAAGUAUUCAAAGGAGAAAUGGAUAGAAAAGGAACAUUUAUGGAUUUGGGAUUAAUAGUCUUGGGGGUGUUUUUCGGUGUUACUGGUACUUGUUAUUCCCUAAUUGAGAUGUUCUCUCAAGGCAAACAUGUUUAA